AUGGCCGGGGGAGGGAGGAGAGGCGGGCAAGGCUCCGGUAACGGGAAGGGGCACAAGCAGGCGACCCCUGAGCAGAUCGCGGAGCUCCGCGAGCGGCUUACGGGCCUUGAGACGACCGUCCCGAGCGUUUUGCGGUACCGGUGGUUCACGAAUGAUCGGGUGCUGCACCGCUUCAUCACGGCCCGGAACGGGAACGUGGACAUCGCGCUGAAGAUGCUCCUCGAGCACUUGGAGUGGCGAAUCACUUACAAGCUAGACACGAUCCUUGACGAAGACCUUUCGGGGACCGGCGUUAGCCACGAGUUCUACUGGUCUGGCUUCGACCGCGAUGGUAGGCCGUGCCUCGUGUUUCGUGCGUGCGAGCACCGGAAGUCAGACUCGGACGGCGCGAGCCCAACGGUGGAGGAAAAGCUCUUCAAGGUGGCGACGCCGAUAAUCGAGAACAAUUUUCCCGAGACUCAGCACGCCACGUACGUCCUGCCGUGCAACGGGAUGAUCAUGAUGGCGUGGAAGGGUUCCGCCGCCGCCGCCCGCCGUUUCAUGUUCCUCCUCGGAGAAAAGGUGAUUUCGUCGUUCAUCGAUCCGGGAACCGCCGACAAGAUCAGGCUGUGUAAAGACUUCGACGACCCGGCCCUUGUCAAAGCCUUCUCGCCAGAAACGCUCAAGGCCUUCAUUGCGGUGAAGCCGUCCAUGGCGCCGCCGCAGCCGUACGUGGCCCCGGAUCCACUGGCAAACCCGUCUCCGCCCUCCAAGUCCUCGGCGUCAUUCUUGAGCAACAACAUCAACAAGGUUAACGACGACAACGCCCUCCCUUCCUCAGACACCCUGGAGGACGACUCUCACGCCGGCGGUGAAGGGCAGGGGCAUCCCGCCCAACAGUCUCGCCACUCCGCGGCUACUACCCUGGCGGCCGCCGCCGCCGCCGCUGCCGCGCCGGUAGCCAACGGUGGCGGGGACGACGGUAACCGCUCUUCCUCAGGGGUGUCGUUGCCCCCUCCCUCCCCCGGGGGUUCGACGGCCUACGGCGGCGGCGGCGGCGCGCCCUCGCCUUCCGGGUCUCAGGUGCCACGUCCGGAAGCGGCGGGGAUGCUGCAGCCGGGCCUUUCUCCCGCCGGCGCCGCGGCGGCGGUGCAACGCCGGGCAAGCCUGGCGGCGGCAGCGGGGGAAGCGCCGCCCUCGCCGAGCGGGUCCAACGCGGGCCAGCACCCGGCGGCUCCGCCGUCCCCCGCCGGCGACUCUCUGUACGCGACCUCCAUGACCGGCGGUGUGGAAGGGGGCGAGAGCACCGGCGGCGGCGGCGGCGGCGGGCGGGGUGGAGAGGGCGAGAGCAACAACGUGUUUGACGAGAGAUUCAUCUCCAAGUCCAGCGCCAGCCACGCCGGCGGGCAUGUCAACGGCUACAACUUUGGCGGCGGCGACAAGUUGGAUUCCUCGAGCAAGCGCGCGGGUAGCUUGGUCUCGGCACCACAGCCGGCGGCUGCGGCCGCCGCCGGGCCCGAAGCCGCGACCACGGCCCUGCCCGCGUCCGCUUCUGGUACCCCCCGGCCGCCGGUUACGGUGCAGGGGAACGGCCGGCCGCUCGAAGGCGCUGCCGCUGCUGCCGCCGCCGGCGUCGCCGCGGGGAGGGCCAGACCACCGGCGGCGACGGCGGUAAAGGGAGGCUCAGGACUCACCGGAGGAGGGGGAGGGUUUGGUAAGGGCUACGGAGAAGAGGUGCAGCGAGCGACUUCGAGGACCCUCGAAGUUACGGAGAGGACGGGCGUCUUGUACAAGCGCCGGGACACGCUGCGGGGGCGCUUCGCCUACCGCCAGCAGUACGCUGUCCUCCGCUUCGAGCCCCCCGAGGCGGCGUCGCUAUCGUCGCUGAGGCGUGAGUCUGGGUUCGGGGGGGUGCCGCUGCGGCCCCCGCCUCCCACGCUGACGCUCCUGAAGGGCCGCGGGAAGUCUGAGACGGGGAAGGUCAUGUCGCUGGAGGGGGCGGAGGUGACCUUGGGCACAGCAAUGGCCGGGAACCUCUACCCGUUUGUGAUCUCCUUUCCGUCAACGGCGCCGGCGCCGACGACGAUUUCGCCAACGAGAUCGCACCGAAACCGGCCGCCGCCGACACAGCAGCAGAGGUUGCCGCCGCGGCGCAACACGGAGGACUACAUGUUCACCGGCGUCUUGGACGCCGCCUCCGCCGCGGCUGCCUCCUCUCCCCCAACAGGCAACGGGGACGGCGAUGAUCCCAGCAGCUGCGGCGAUGGCCGCCAGCACCAGCACGUAGUCCUGGGUACCGCUGCCGCCGCCGCCGCCGCCGGCGACGGCGGCGGCGGCGGCGGCGGCGGCGGCAACACGCCUUCGGGGCCGAUGACGACGGCGUCGUCGUCGACGGUGACGUCGCCGUACGUGCAGUGGCGGCUGCCGAUCAAGACGACGGCGAGCAACGCCAGCAGCAGCAGCAGCAGGAUGAUGGUCCGCGGCAGCAGCGGCAGGAAGAGGAGCGACUCGAUGGGCUCGUCGUCGACGGGGGGAGGAGCGGUCUGGCAGAGGAAGACCCUGCACCUCGCCUGCGACACCGAGGACGAGACACUCCAGUGGGCAAGGUGGCUGGCGGACGCGGCAGCGCUGCACGACGCGGCCUCGGAAGCAGCGGCCGCGGCCGAGAGGAGAGGCGAGAGCGGCGGCUACGGCGGCCUGCAGGAAAUAGCCCCCUGGCGAGGAUCCACGGGCGGGGGCGCCGCCGCCGCCGCCGCUCGCGGGAAACUGACGAUCGCCGAACAGGAAGGGAGCUCGGUGCCGCCGCCGCCGCCGCGGCGGCGGCGGCAGGAGGACGGCGACGACGCCGAGCUCUCGUACCGCUCCAAGUACGAGGAGGCGCUGGACGCGCUGGCGGCUGUAUCGGGGGGGGAGGGUGCCGGCCCCCUUCCUCGGACGAGAGAAGGGGGCAACGCAGUCGUCGUCGCUGGGCCGGGGGGGGAUGCGCCCACCGGGAAGAAGUUCCGAACCAUGUUGGACAGCUACAGGCGGAGCAAGGCCAACAACAACGGAAACAAGGACAGCAGCCAGGAGCCGCCGCCCUUUUCCUCCUCCUCUUCCUCGAAGCCGCCGCCGCCCCCCGCCUUGCGGAAGAGCGGCAGCCUCAGGGACACGUUCUCGAGACGACGGGGCUCCUCCCGCUCCUCCCUCAGCACCUCCACCGCUGCGGGGGCGGUCCUGAAGGGGCUGGGGGAGGCCGGGGGCGCUCUCAUGUCCAUGCGGGACUCUGAGAUAUCGCGGCUGAGGCGGGCCUACGCGCGGUCGGAGCUCUCGAGGGAGGAGAUGAAGCGCUGCCUUCGAGCCCUAGCGGUUCAACUCAGGGAAGGAGAGGACAGGACAGGGGCGCUCAUGGCCGACCGCGAGGCAGCGCUGUGCAAGCUUAGCGCCAAGGAGGAGGAGUUCGCGAAGAAGGAAGCUGUGCUUGAGGAGGGAAAGGCUCGCGCAACCGCUGAGGUUCAACAACAGGAGGAACUGGUGACCAGCCUUCAGGUGGAGAACGAAGCGCUGCAGGCCGCUCUCGAACGGUUGCGGCUCGACUUCCAGGAGGAGCGGAGCCUGCGCCUCCAAAGCGGCCCAGCAGCAGCCGCCGCCGCUGCGGCGGCCUCAAAAGUGAGGCCGAGCACACCAUCUAGGCUAGGGAUCUUCAGGAGGAGGGGGCUGACGAGCAGAGACGGCGGCGGCACUCCAGCGGCGGCGGCGGCGGCGGCGGCGGGAGAAGAAGGGCAGCCGGCGUCACGACACGGGAGCGUUGCCCGGCCACCAGCUACGCCCUCACGACACAGCCGACUCCUGUCCGGCUCUUCUUUUCUGAACCACCACAUCCGGUCGACUCCUGGAAGGCCCGGGCAGGGCGGGAGGUUGGCAGGGGGCAGCGGCGCGAUAGCGGCGGCGGCGACGCCGGGGGGUGUCGGGUGGAGCAGCGUUCACCGCGGGAUAGGGUCGAGGCACAGCACAACGGCGGCUGCGGCCGGAGGCGGGAGUGAAACCUGGGUCCAGGAAGUGGCGGGAGCGCAGGCCGUGGAAGGGCUGCCGUGGAUCCUCAACACUGAUCAGGUGCUGAACCACCUCCUCGAGGAGCUAGAGGGCAUCAAGGCGAUGUCUGGUGAGGAGAAGGAGGAGGGUUCCAUCGCGGAGACGGCGGCGUUCAUCGAGUGGAGUCACCGCACCGGGGAACUACAGGAGUUACCCCCGCUGGAGACUGUUGAUAUGCCCGGCGAGAGAGCGUUCACCGAGGGGUGCUUGAAGACCAAGCAUGCAUCCCAACCCGUUGCCCUUGGUGUUCAUCCGUCUGUUUUUCUCAUCGCUUCUGCCUUCCUGCCUGUCUUGUCUGCCCCGUCCCAGCUCCUAAGCGCGCACGCGGCGGCCGUCCUCCGCAAGGAGCCUGAGCAGCUGACGGCCAGAGAGGAGGUGCGCAUGGCAUACGCCAUCGGGGGCGGGACGUACACGAUCGAGAGGCUGUCGGCUCACCUUGACGCUCUCGGGGCCGGCCUACCUACCGAGUAGAGGGAGGAGGGGGGGGGCGUGGUGAAGAUGGACGGGGUACCUACCCGAGGAUAAGGGGGGGCCGCGCUGAAUGGACGGGGUCUCUAUCCGACGAAAGGGGGGUCCGUGGCGAAGAUGGACAGCACAGGGAGGGGUCGUGGCUGGAAGGAAGCCCCACGUGGGGGGUACUCUGCCAAGAGUGGAGUCUGCGUCGCCCCGAGAGGGACGAAGGGAGUGAGUGCUUUUGCGGGUGAGGGAGACGAGAGCAUGGGGCCUGGGUUUCUCCCAAGGGAGGCGGAAGCGGGGGGCAGGGGUUGCUGUUCCCGUCGUGGAGGGAAGGUUUUGGCGUUGUGCUUUGUUUGUCCGUCAUGAUCCCUCCCAGCCCCCGUUUGCCCUGCAGUUGUUCCCCAAGCUCCAUGCGUGUGUAUGAUCUUGAUGUGUAUAGGUGGUAGCAGGGAUACGCAUGUUGUGUUGCACGUAACGACGAGGGCGGUGUCUUUCGUUUCCUUUCUUCACGUCGGCGCAGUUUUUUUUUGUUGCGUUUUUUCACGUUUUUUUGUCCCCGUGGUUGUAUAUCAUUUGUAUCGGGGCGUGUCUCCGUUUUUGUAGUUUGUAGGUAUGUUGGCGGCUUGUCAGAGUGGGUUUGUCGUCGUGUUGGAGGUGAAAGGAGCGGGUCAAGGUGUGUGGCUGGGGGUGGAGGUUGAAACGAUUAGGUUAUAUUUAUGUUGUUGCAGGAAGGGCGUUGCUCGGUUACGUAUUAGAUUUUGUAUCCCACGAGGUCGAGAGCUCGAACAGCGAGCUGUGGCGCAUACUGGCGCGUUGCCGCGAUGUUUGCGAAAGGCAGCGAUUCAAGGAGGAAAACGUGACGAUGUCAAGGGAGUUCGCUAUUCUCUGGUGUUCAGGGGGGAGCAUCUGUUAUGAAUAUUUGCUCUUUUGCCCCGCGCUGAAGCAUCCCGUAGCAAGUUAUGCUAGGGGGAACUCGGUUAUUAUGGUUCACGGCACUGCCUGCGGCUUGUUGGUUGCGGAAGUGACGAGGCGUUUGUCAAGCUUUCCUUCUUGCUUUUUGCUUUUUUGGUCUUGGGGCUUUGUGGCAACUACAGGAGGGCAGCAGCAGCAGCAGCACAGCACCCGCCUAGCCAGAGGUGCUAUUCUUGUUUUGGUGAGGCACUCGGGUCGAGACGUCGUGUGCAUACCCUACGUGAAAAGUCUGAUAUUUCUGUGUUUCCUGGGGGGAGUAUGAUGAUUCAAUGUUUUUGUGUGGUCCCCUGGUGUCUGUGCUGUGUGUUUUAAUUUUGUGCUGUGAACAUGUCGAGCAGUACCGUAUACGACACGAGAUAACAUAUCGCCUGGGCCGAUUUUCAGAGCUCGAUUUAUCAACAGCAGAAAGAAUCGCAGCGCGAAAACUGCGGCGUUGCAGCUGUCUGGUCGAGAGCUCUCCGAAAACGUAUUAUUUCGUUGUUUCAUCCUCUUCGUCGGGGAGUGAAGCUUUGAAAACCAGUCCAGGGGGUAUGUUAUCUUGUGUCUCAUACGGUAGUGCCCCAACAUGGUUCUGGCGUCAGGGUAUGUAGUUUGGUUACUCCCGGUAGGCAUAGCCAGUUUUUUUUUCCAGGUAGUAUCGCUCUUCCACCUCUGACCUUUUGUAGAACGGAAACAGACAACGGAACGAGUCUCUGUGUCGUGAGUGUUACGGACGUUAGCGCUGAGCCAACUCCAGCAUCAGCAUGUUCGUUUUCUCUCUUCCUAGCUCUCUACUGUACUGUAAGAUAGUAGUCUCGGGUCUUAACGUGCGCAUUCAUUUGUCUCGUCUCGUAGGAUAGAAAUUUGGUGGUGUUGUUUAUUUUUUGUGUGUGUGUUUCUGCUUCUUUCUCUCCGCGAGCGAAAAGGACGGAAGAAAUCACAGGAGAGUAGGAUGCACGGGCAUCACCCUGUGUCACCGGUUGGGCUGGUGGCGGCGGCGUGGUGCGUUGACUGACACUGCUCUGCUGCCGUUGUGGCUCGAUUCGCAUUAUCUUGUUCGUCGUUCUUCUACCUACUACUCCGCCCGUUGGUAUGCAUAGCAUGCUGCACAUCCUUCCGACCACGUCCUACUUCUUAGUGGAGGGAUGGACCUCGAAACGAAAAAAUAAUGACAACCAGCGGGUGGAG